AUGUUUAUUUUUAUUUUAAGGAAUACUAAAUUACCUUAUGUAAACAAAAUUUUAUCUCAAUUAAAAUAUUUUAAUUUUAAAUCAAAUUUUGUUAGUGUAAAUUUUAAUAAUGGAUUUAAUAAGAAAAAAAAUAGAUUCAAUAGAAAAAGCAAAAUACAUUUACUUUUUGAUGACAAUUUUAACAUACAUGAUAAAUUAAUAUUAUUUAAAAACUUACCAAAAUAUAAAGGUGAAGAAAUUGAAGAAAUAAGUGGUAAAAAUGUAUAUAAAUAUUUGUUAAGUGAAUAUAAGAAAUGCUUUAAUUUUAUGAGCUUUUGUGAGGUUAUUGAAACUAUAAAAGUAUUUGUUCAAAUCAAUGAAAAGUUUAACAAUAGUGAUUUUUUUAUAGUAAUGAAAAAUAUAGAUAAUAACUCAUUGAGUAAAAUAAAUGAAUUUGAAUUCAGAGAAAAGGAUAUAUCUUUCCAUAAAAGAGAAAUAGUAGGAAAAAUUUGCAAUAGAAUAAUAAAAUACGUUCAUGAGAUGAAUGGAAAUGAAUUAAUUCGUUUCAUUGUUUACUUUUUUAGAUGGAAUAAAAAUGACAAGAAUUUGAUUCUCUUUUAUAAUUUUUAUUUCAAUUAUGUUUUUAAUAAUUUAUUUCUUUUUAAUCAUGAAAUUUACAAGAUCCUCUUUAUAUUUAAUACAUAUCUUAAUAAUAAUGAUUUAAGCGUAAUUUUUAAUAAAUGCUCAACAGGAAAAGAUAAAUUUAAAUUAUAUUAUUUCAAAGAAUUAAAAAAUCAAGUAAAUUUUUAUAUUAAAAUGAAGAAAGAGGAAAUUUUUAAUAAAUGUUUGCAUAAUUUUCAUGAAAAUAUAGAUGAGAUUGAUAAUGAAAAGGUGUUAAAUAUUUUAAAACUAUAUGUUGAUAAUUCAUUUUUUAAUAUCAACAUAGAUCAUAAAAUUUUCGAUAAUCUUCACAAAAAUUUAAAUAAUAAAAACUUAGGAUAUCUUGUAAAAUUAUUGAAUAUUUGCUGCAUUAUGAUUAAGAAACAAAAGCAUGAGAAUUACAUAUUAAAUUUAAAUGUAAAACAAUUAAUUUUAUCAAUAUACCAAGUUUUAGUGGAAACAAAAUAUGAAAAAAAAGAACUUUGUGAUAUAAAAUAUAGCACAUUAUUAAAUUCAGUAAAUAAUAAAAAAAUUCUAAAUAAAAUUAUUGAUCAAAACUUUGUUUUAUUUUAUGAAUAUUUAUUAAGAGCUUUAUUAAAUAUAAAAUUUAUAAAUGUUCAAUCUUUAUCUAUUUCUCUUAUAUCUUUAAAAAAUAUUUAUUUUACCAUGUUAAAAAAUAAAUAUUCCAUUGAUAAUAUGCUAUUUUAUUCUACUAUGAAAUAUAGCUUAUAUCUGUCUAAUAUAUUCUUAGAGAAAUGUAUAAAAAUAGGAAAUAAAAAUACAGUGCAUAUUUUAUCAAAUGAAAAUAUAGAGAAUGAUCUAAAUUUUGAAAAUGUGGAAAAAAUAAAAAUAAUAAAGAAAAAAAAAUAUUUUUUUUAUAAAAUAGAAAAUUACUCUGAUUUUAAUUUUAAGUUAAAAGAGCAUGAUUUGUUGUCUAUUAAAAUUCUGUCUAAUUCUUUUGUAAAACUUAAUCAUAUUUAUAACUCUUAUGAUUUUUAUUUAUUGAUUAACAAUAUUUCAUGCAUUUUGUAUUAUUUUUUAGUAAAUAAAAAUACUAUAACAAAAUUUAAUGACACUUACAUAUACAUUUUAAAUGAUCUUUCUUAUGUCUAUAAAAAUAUAAAAAGCCAGUGUAGAAGUUUUAAUUUUAUAUCUGCUCAUAUUAAGGAAUUGAUAUGUAAUAACAUUUUAAAGGUUAGUAAUGUUUACAUUAAAAAUAUUCAUGAAGAAAAUAAUUUCCUAAAAGAUGAGUAUGUAUGCUCAUUAAUUUUUCUGAAUAAUUUGUUUUUUGACAAAAUUGCUCUUUUUGAUUCUAUAUAUAACAUAUGGUAUCAUGUUUAUAAAUCGUAUAAUUAUUUUAGGUUUAAUAAAUUAAUUAGUGAAGAUGUAAUUUCUUUGCUUCUUUUAACUUGUUCAAAAUUUCAAUUUUUUAUUGAAAAUAAUUCAAAUAACAGAUAUUGUAGAAAAGAGUUAGUAAGUUUAAAAUAUAAUAUUGUUGAUGAUUUAAUCAAAAAUCAUUUAAAUACAUACAAAUAUAUAUCAUUAGAUAACUUUUCGAAGAUUCUUAUAUCAUUAUCUAAUUCCAAAUACAUGUAUGAAAUUAAUGAAAAUUUAUUAAUAAAAAGUUUACAAAACGAAAUUAUAAAAGUUAAAAGAUUAAAAAAUGGAGAUUGCAUAUGUAACAGUACAUCAAACGAUAAUAAUUCAAAUAAAAAUUUCGAAGACUUUAAUACUGAAAAUUUAAAACAUGAGCUGUUUAUAAAUUUUACUAAAAUCAUAGAAUGUUUAAUAAAGCUAGAUAUAUUUCUACAUUUAAAAAAAAAGGAUACAUACUUAAACUUAUAUAAGAAGACAUUUUGUUACAUACACUUAAAAAAUAAUAUCCUAAAAAAAUUAUUGUAUAUAGCUAAUAACUUGUACAUAUAUCAAAUUUAUCCCUAUGUAUGUGAAAUAUUAAAGAAAUCAAUAGGAGAAAAUUUUUUUUCAUAUAAUUUUAAGAACAAUAUAGAAAACAAAAUAUUCGAAAAAAUGAUAUGUUUUAUAUCUGAGGAUGAUUAUAUUGAAAUUUCAAACACAAUUUUUAUGUUACUUUAUGAUUACUUCGAAAAUUUAUAUGAUGUAAAAUAUAGAAAUGGUUUAACGUUCCCUCCGAAAAAUGAUACAUAUUUUGUUAAAAUAAAACAUGAUAACAAAAAAAUCGAUAUAUUAAAUGAUAAUAAAAUCAUUAAAGGUAAUAAUUAUGAAAUAGGUAUAUAUAAUGAUGUCGAAAAUGUUAUACGUAUUAAAAACGAAGAAAUUAUAAAUAAUUAUAAUGAAGUCGAUAUAAACAACAAUAACAAUGAAAACAACAUAAAUAACAUUUUAAAAAAAAGAAAAAAAAUAAUUUAUGAUAUAAUGAACAUAUUUAGGUUUUUAAAGGUGGAUAAAAACAAAUUAAUAUUUUUUCAAGUUUAUAUGUAUCUUUAUAGUAUAAAAAAAUUCAAAAAGACUAAUACAUGUUCAAUGUUUCAUAUGGAAAUUUUUAGUAUUUUAAAAAAUAUGAAUUCAACAUACCUGAGAGAUUUCAAAAUAAAAAAUGAAGAAUCGGCUUUUUUGUAUACAAUAGAUAUAGUACUAUUUAAAAAAAAAGAUGAAUAA